ACAAGGCCAAACGUGUAAUUUUGGCCUGCAUUCAUUCACGUAACCAAAGUUAGUGAGUGCAUGUUUCGUCAAAAAAGUGUAGGAUACAAGGCCCCAAAAGAACCAUGUCUGGAUUUGAUCUGAAAAACGAAGAGGAUGUCAAAGAGUAUCUUGAGAAUUUGGGUGUUGAAUAUCGAUUCGGAUGUUAUCAUGAAAAGCGAGCCGACGCUUGCCAUUUAUUGGGCGACUAUUUAUCGGCCAUCAAGCGCGACUAUCGGAAGGCCUUUAAGGUGUAUCAAAAGAAUUGUGACGAACGUGAUGCUCAACUUUCUUGCCACAACACGGCAGGCUAUUUUGCGUCCGGUAAAAGUGGAGAAAAAGAUUGGCAAAAAGCCUAUCAAUACUAUGUCAAAGGAUGCGAGCUGGGCCAUUAUGCGUCGUGUUUCAAUGCCGGAUCGAUUGAUCAUCAUCGGGCAUUGGCACCAUUGGCGGAGAACGAGAACAACCCUCGCGACUGCCAGCUCCUGAAGAGGGCCUUGGGCUUUUUCAAGAAAGCCUGUGACUUGGGUAAGAGUCCGGAUGCUUGCUUCCAAUACUCGACCGAGAUGCGUCAAGGAGUCAAGGAUUGCAUCGAGGCCGAUUCGAGAGAGGCCCUGAAGUACUCGGUGAUGGGGUGUGAAGAGAAAAGCAUCCAGUGUUGUCACAAUACGAGUGUUGCUUACAAGCAUGGCGCCGGAGCCCCGGCCAAUCCCGUGUUGGCCGAGUUCUAUCGAAAAGUCACCCUCGAUCUGAACGAACAGGAAAACGAGAAGCAAAAACAGAUGAAAUUCGGCGAGACUGGUCCUUGAACGGGCUUCAAGCAUCCAGUCGAAGAUAUUGAUUGUCAACAGUUCAAUAUUCAUAGAAACCAAUAGAACCUCGCUUCCGUAGAGAUGAAUCCAUCGCUCUUGUUUGUAAUUCAUCCUUACCAAGAGAGAUUAAAUUCAUUCAGAACAACAUAAAGCUGUGUAUCCAUUUCCAUUU